AAACCGGACGCCUGAGCCAACCCAACCGCUUUACAAUUGUUUAUGGAUUGCUGCUGUACCACUAAACUUAAAGCUAGCUGUCAAAUACUUGCAGUACUUACUAUACGGUAAAUCAGUAAUCUUGCCAUGGACCCUUUUAUUGUGAUUCGACAAGGCGACAAAGGCCUUGUUAAUUGCGUGCUUAGCUUGGCUGACAAAUUGGAAACCUCCAUGCAACAUGAUCGAGUCGGCCAGCUGACUGAUUGAGCAUCCAUCUCUUCGUAUUGACUUCCAUGCACCCUCACCAUUGGAGUUUUGCACCAACUAGUCACGGACUGUUGGAGUUCUUCAGGUAACAUUUGCAUGCAAACAAAAGUUGCCAUGCAGCGAAACUUCAUAUCUGCCUCACGACAACAAACCGUGGACGACCACUGCUCAAAAGCUAUUAACGGUGGGUUUAAACUUUUAUGAUCCCUAGGUGAAACAGACACCCAGUUUUGGACCCCGGAUUCCAUAGUACUACAGGUUUGCCCAGAUUCUACAGUAAAACCAUCCACUCUCCGCCAGUUUUUUUUUUUAAAAUUAUCUUUUAUUUUUAUCGAGGUUCCCUUAAAGGUCGCCUCCAAACAACAAUUUGUUUCAGCCGUUUGGACCGUUAGCUUUCGCGCUCUAGUUUCCCAGGAUCCAUGAUCUGUAGCCGCUUUUCAGAGUCUCUAUAACUAACAGGGCCGGAGUUUAUUCUCUUGCGGAGAGAUUAUAUUUGUUGUCAGAUGUAUGACCUAGCUUGUUUGGAAUUGAUCAAGACCUAGUCGCAAGGUCCAAUGAAGCCUAUGAUCUUGUUUGGUACUUAAUAACAACCCCGGCCGUGACUUUUAUCUGGUCGAUCCAUGUCUAAGCAAUGCUUGAAAGUUUCCAUCCUUCAGUAGGUGCAGAGAAGUUAUAUGCUCACCGCCAACUGCAGGACAGGUCUUCAGCUACGGCGCCUUGGCUAAUUGUUGUAGUUUCCACUGCAAGGUCCUGCAUGCAUGGUACUGAAAAGUUGAUGCUAGGUGUCAAAGACUUGAUCAGUAAAUAACAUAUAAAAUUCCUGCCAUGGACUUGUUUAUGGGGAAAGUAUCUUGGAAGCUGCAAGUAGUACGUGGCUGGGAAUUAGCCUUUCUGCUUGCUUGACUGACAAAAACGUACUGGAAACCUCCGUGUAAUGCCACAGUCAGUCAAAUGAACGACUUGUCAGCAUCUCCCUCCCCUGACUUCCAUGCUCCUCGCGUCUUGCCUGCCUUAUAUUCUUCAUUCUGCUCCCUCCAAUCCAUUUAGGAUUAUGCUCCGUUUGGAGUCUGCACUGCAUCAGCUGGUCGUACGUUGAUCUAUUCCGAUCGAUCCAAUGGGGAACUGCUGCACGGGAUCUGCAAAGUGUGCCAAUGCCUCCUCCACUCCAUUUGAAUCAAAGGUGACAGCAAGGAGCACCACGUCCAACAAUUCGGCAGGCUCGGCCACCGCCAAGCUUGCGCCGCGCCGCAGCAGCGGCAGCUCCUCGGCCUUCUCCGGCUCCGACGUGGCUGGGCUCAAGUCCUUCAGCAUGAGCGACCUCCGCGCGGCGACCAAGAACUUCGGCUCCAGCUCGUACCUGGGCGAGGGCGGCUUCGGGUGCGUGUACAAGGGGUGGAUGGACGAGGCGACGCUGGCCCCGACCAAGCCCGGCGUCGGCCGGAUGGUGGCCAUCAAGAAGCUCAAGGAGGAGAGCUUCCAGGGCCACAAGGAGUGGCUGGCCGAGGUCACCUACCUGGGCGAGCUCCACCACGAGAACCUGGUCAAGCUGGUGGGCUACUGCUCCGACCCGGACAGCAACAAGCUGCUGGUGUACGAGUACAUGCUGCGGGGCAGCCUGGAGAACCACCUCUUCCGGCGGGCCACGCAGCCGCUGUCGUGGCCGAUGCGCGUGGCCAUCGCCGUGGACGUCGCGCGCGGCAUGUCCUUCCUGCACGGCCAGGACAACCCCGUCAUCUUCCGCGACCUCAAGUCCUCCAACGUCCUCCUCGACUCCGAUUUCCGGGCGAAGCUGUCGGAUUUCGGGCUCGCCAGGGACGGGCCGACGGGGGACAAGAGCCACGUCUCGACGCGCGUCGUCGGCACCCGCGGCUACGCGGCGCCGGAGUACAUCGCGAGGGGGCACCUGUCGGUGAAGAGCGACAUCUACAGCUUCGGCGUGGUGCUGCUCGAGCUGCUGACGGGGCGGCGCGCGAUGGACGAGGCGCGCGGGUCGACGACGCUGGUGGACUGGGCCAAGCCGCAGCUCGGGGAGCGCCGGAAGGUGAUCCGGAUCAUGGACACCAGGCUCGGCGGGCAGUACCCCAAGAAGCAGGCGCAGGAGGUGGCCGCGCUCGCGCUGCGGUGCCUCGAGGACGACCCAAAGAACCGCCCCGGCAUGGCCGACGGCGUCCUGCCGGAGCUCGAGCGGCUGCAGCAGCAGAACCACCACAAGGCACCCUACAGCUCGUCGAGAUCGGACACGUCGACGCCGCCGGUGCACAGAUCAGGCCGCCACUCCAAGGCCAAGAGCUAGCUUAGCUACUGUACCUUGUUUGCUCGAUCGUUGCGUGUCCUAUAUAUCAGUAGUGUAUAGAAUGAGAGAGGCUUAAUUUUUUUUUCUUGUACACGCAGGAGAGCUGCACAUCUUUAUAUCAAGAAGAAGAAAUACCAUAGUUUUUACAA